AUGGACGUUGAAUGGGAUAAUGAAACAAUUAACAAAUUUUAUAAUUAUUUAUUUGAAUUAAUUAAUUAUGAAAAAUGCUUGGAGUUAGAAAAAGACAUAAGAAUAGAAACAGGAACAGAAAGUGUAUUAAAUAUAAAUUCACAAUUAAAUGAAAACGCUAAUAAUAAAAUAAAUAUAUGUACGUACAAAUUUAAAAAGAAUGAAGAUGACAUAGUAGGUGAAAUUUUAGAUAAUGAAAAACAAGAGGAAAAUAUAAAAAAUUCUAUACCAUUAUUAACUAAAAAAGCUUUUAUAAUUUAUACUAAUGUAAUUGAUAAAGCAAAAUCUGAAGGAACAAAUAGUAUUAAUUUAGAAACAGAUCAUUUUUUAAGAACAGAUAUAUUUAAACUUGUUUUUAAUAAAUAUAUUAUUUAUAAUACAAAAGUAAAAAUUAAAGAAAUUCAUUGUAAGAAUACAAAAAACAUUGUUUCUUUAGCAAACCCCUUAAAUAUAAAAGAUUAUGAUUUAAAUAAAAUAAAUAGUGAAACAAUUGCAAAUUUAAUGAAUAACAAUGUAGGUAUUCAAACAAAUUUUAUGGGGAAAGAGUGUAUGAAACUCAUUUAUGAUGAACUGAUAUUUAUUGAAUACAAUAAUCAAUUUAAUGAAUUUAGUAGAGAAUACAGAAAUAUAAGGACUGAUUUUUAUUGUUGGACAUAUAUAUCAAGUUUAGAUAGAGAAAAACAAAAAGGUUUACUUAAAUUAUUAAAAGAAUUAUCAUUAAUUCCAUAUGAAUUAAAUAAAAAAGCAAAUUUAUCUUUACAAGUUUGUACUUUAUUUCAAUUUUUAUACUUUUGUCCAAAUAAAUCAUUUUUAAAAAAACAUUCUGAAGGAGGAUAUGGAAAAUUAGAUAAUGGGAAAAAAAUUACUUGUAUAUAUAUUCCUUUAGUUCAUUCAAACAAUGAUAUAGAAAUUAAAAUAUAUAAUAAUGAAGAUAAUUUAAAUGAACCAAACAAAAUAAAUAAUAAUGAUACUAAUACAAACUUAUUAAAUAAAAUGGAUAACACUCCAAUUAAGAUAAUAAAACCAGAAAGUGAUUCACUGAUUUUUUUACAAACAAGAAAUAUUUCAUAUGAAAUUCCAAAAACAAAAAAUAAAUUUUUUAUUGUCAACCUAUGGAUUUCUGGUCCUGCCUCACUUGAAAAAAAAUUAUAA